UUUCCGAAGAAUUUGUGAGGGCUUAAUAUUUUGUUGUUUUCGAGUGAAGUUGGGUGGUGCCCGAUCUGUUGGAUAGAGAGGGGGCAGCAUUCUUCAGCUCUCCAUAGCAGAAUUGUAUGCUAAUGACUGGCCGUCUUCAGUUCUCCUUCAGACACCAAUGACUCGGCCCGCUUCUGACUAUCGGGAACACGGCCCGUAACGCGUGCGCGAUCGGAAACACUUUGUAGUUCGCUGCCAAAAUAAAAAUGGACAUUCGCACUUUGGUAUUUCUUGACUUGGAGUGCACGCACCUACCAAGCCGAAUCCCUCCGUUUGGGCCUCCUAGAAUCACCGAAGUUGCGUUGCUUGCCUGUCGACUGCGACAAUUCAAACGGCCCUUCCGAGUGACAGAUCGCAUCUCAUUUUGCAUAAGACCACCCGAAAACGUGUGCCACGAAACGACACAAUUUACCGGUCUUGACAACUACAAUCUUGAACAGCAGCGAGUAUUUGGCGAAACGACCUUGGCACUGAAGUCAUUUAUGCUCACCCUCGAUCAACCCAUCUGCUUAAUCGCUCAUAAUGGAAAUAAGCUGGAUUUUCCGCUGCUUAAGGCCGAACUCGAGGCAACGAAUGAUGCUUGGGAUGACCUAGACAUCUACACAUGCGAUAGCCUGGAGGCAUUCCGAUUUAUUUUGCCGCAACAUCCAGAAAAUCAUUUCUGUAUUGCUGCUAGCGAUAACUGCUUGGAAGAGGCCUUUUCUAGUCAGCGGGAGAGCACAUCGCGAACGCAAGAUAUAGAGACAGAUGGUUCUCACGAAUCUCCUAAAAGGAUGUGCACUCGGCCUAAACAUCCCCGCGUUGACAAGGAAACGAGCCUGUCUGACGGAGAUGAGCAACCAGGAAUGAGAACACCUCCACGAAGUCAACAGCCGUCGAAACCAAACAACCCACCGCCUGCACCACACAAAAAGCGUGUCCAGAGCAGAUUCGUCGAAAAAGGUGCAGACGGAAAAAUGCAUCCAAGAAGAACCAGCUAUAAACUCAUAGAAAUAUACAAGAGAAUGUACUUAGAGCCUCCAACAGAUGUACAUCAUGCCCUUGGUGACUGCGACAUGUUAUUCAAGUGUUGUCUGAUUGUGAGGAGGGAACUGAUGCAGUUUCUUGAAACUCGACGGACCCGUUUCAUUGACACAGUGCCAAUGUGGACACGAAAAACCCGUGCUGAAAUGACAACACGUUCGGGUCGAGUACUUGCGACACCUACGAAGACGGCUCCAGCUCCACCGCCGCAAGGUACGCUGGUUAGGACUGGCAGACGGAUGGUUGCUCGAAGGUUGAUUGAUGCCGAUCCUAAUGAGAUGCCCGACGAAGAGGCCUUCCGUCCUCUCGAAGAAAUCCUACCGGUCAAGCUUGAACUCUAGAAACCUUGCUGUUAUUUUUGCAGAAACGCAUACAAACAGGCCAAAUCAUUUUUCGAUUAACUAUGAUAACGGUGAAGGUGGUAAUGACGACAGAGAGAGCGAACAGCCAAUGUUUUAGGCGUGAUCGAGUUGAUAUAAUUUACGAUUUGAGUAACUCAGCAGGCAUGGAAAAGAAAGGGCUGUGCGCAAAUUUCUGAUGUGUCUGUCUGCAGCAUUUAGUAGGACUCGCUCUUUGCGGCAACCUGUAACAGCAUCCCUUUAAAUGAUUACUAGUACUACAAUAGACAUUGUAAACAAUUUAUUUGUUAUUGUAAGCGUCUUUAAUGACCGAAUACAAUAUGAUAACAGACAGCAGACAGACAAACAAACAAGCAUGUAGGAUGACACAUAGAUAGAUAUACAGAACUAAUUCAAAUACUAAGGAUGAGUUCAUUAUUGUGAGGAGAGUUUAGAUAAAUGAUACUACGUGACAUACAUGACGUGAUACUAUAACAUACUCAAUAGACGUAAAUUGGUCGCAUUGACACAAAACAUUUUUGUUGAUAACAGAAAUCAAAUUAGCGAACGACAAUUUUCAGUUUAAUGAGGAUACGUGCCAUUAUUUAUAUCAGAUACAGAUAUGAUACAGAUUUAUAGUAUACCUUAAGAAGUCUGAAUUUGUUAAUAAUGGGAAUGAUAGGGUGACCUUAAUGUAGCCCUGACUUGAAUCAAACCUCGGGGUAUUUAUCUUUGAGAAUUAAAGCUGCUAUGAAACGCUUAACACUUAGAAGUGCAUUAUUGUGGAAUAAUCCAAUAUCAAGUCAGAACACAUAAAACGUAACUGUUUUAUCCAGGAACUAACUGAAUAGUUUGUUAUUCACUUGCCGAAAAUGUUCACCUUGCACUUAGAGUAGAAGUCACACGUUUCACACGCUUCUGGUUAUCCUGUACAAAGUCAUCCCUG